GCAAGUUCGGUUCCUCCUCUUCUACUAAUCCUGGAAAUAUUGGUUCUUCCGCUAAUUAUGGAAGUAGCGGUAAGAAACAUAAUCUUUCUUCAAUGGCGUUAGGUGGCCUCGGAGGAGCCGUAACUAUGCUACUUGCUAAUUCUUUUGGUCAUCAUGGUCAUCAUGGCCAUCAUGGCCAUUAUCAUGAUGAUA